AUGAGCAAGAUCCCCUAUGCCUCGGCAAUAGGCUCUAUCAUGUACGCCAUGCUGUGUACUAGACCGGAUAUCGCACAUGCUGUUAGUUUGACCAGCAGAUAUCAGAGUGAUCCAGGAAUGGAACACUGGACAGCGGUCAAGAAUAUCCUGAAGUACUUGAAAAGGACUAAGGAUAUGUUUCUUUGUUAUGGUGGUGACCAAGAGCUCGUUGUAACCAGUUACACCGAUGCAAGUUGGAACACCGAUCCUGAUGACUCUAAGUCUCAGUCUGGGUACGUGUUUAUAUUGAAUGGUGCGGCAGUAAGAUGGAGCAGUUCCAAGCAGUGCACGGUGGCGAAAUCUUCAACAGAAUCUGAAUAUAUAGCGGCUUCAGAGGCUUCAUCGGAAGCGGUAUGGAUGAAGAGGUUCAUUGUUGAGCUUGGUGUGGUUCCUAGUGCAUUGGACCCGUUAGUCAUUUAUUGUGACAACACGGGUGCCAUCGCCAAUGCAAAGGAACCAAGGUCACACAAGAAGCUAAAGCAUAUCAAGCUGCGUUUUCAUUCGAUUCGCGAGUACAUCGAAGAUGGUGAAGUAGAGAUUUGCAAAGUACACACAGAUCUGAAUGUUGCAGAUCCGUUGACUAAAGCUCUCCCUAGGGCAAAGCAUGACCAACACCCAGCCAUCUCGCUCGUCUUCCUGAUAAUAGCGGCCAAGGCAUAA